GCUACGUGUCUUGGCCUUCGCGAGCGGACGGCGGGCAGGCAUCAUGGAUCAGGUAAUGCAGUUCGUUGAGCCAAGUCGGCAGUUUGUGAAGGACUCAAUUCGGCUGGUUAAAAGAUGCACCAAACCGGAUCGAAAAGAAUUCCAGAAGAUUGCCAUGGCAACUGCAAUAGGAUUUGCCAUAAUGGGAUUCAUUGGCUUUUUUGUGAAAUUGAUCCAUAUUCCUAUUAAUAACAUCAUUGUUGGUGGCUGAAUACCUUUUUAGAAAAGUGUUUUUCAUCUUGGGGCUUGGUGAACAAGUGUGGAUUUGAGACGCUCAUGGAGUAAAAAAAAUUUGCCUAUG